GUCAGACUACACUAUAAGCACUAUGAAUGACAUAAUUAUUUACAUUUUACAUUUAACUUGAUUUUCAUUACAAACUACGAUAUUUUAACUAAUGUUUACUAAUGUAUAGGUAACUAAUGUGUGGUUAGAUUAAAUUAUUUUCAUAAAAUAAUUCAUCCAAAUAAAAAAUUCAAGUAUGCCUCCAAAAAAAAAUACAAAUACUUCAAAAGCAAGUAAAUCAAAAGCUGUAGAAACUGGAAAAGAAGAAAAGAAAGGAGGAAAUGCUGUGAAAGUUAGACAUAUAUUAUGUGAAAAACAAUCAAAAAUUUUGGAAGCUUUGGAAAAAUUGAAAGCCGGGGAGAAAUUUAACGAAGUUGCUACUACAUAUAGUGAAGACAAAGCAAGAUCUGGGGGUGAUCUUGGAUGGAUGACUAGAGGAUCUAUGGUUGGACCUUUUCAAGAAGCUGCAUUUGCAUUACCAACCUCUUCUAUUAGUUCUCCAAUUUACACAGAUCCUCCAAUUAAAACCAAAUUUGGCUAUCACAUUAUAAUGGUAGAAGGUAAAAGAUGAAUAAUUUAUAAACAAUAUUAUACAUUUAAUAUAUAAAUAUGCUUGUAUCCAAUUUAGUUUUAUGCAAUUAUCAAUAAUUUGUAUAGUAAUGUUUAUUACAAAAUAAUAUUUAUUAAAUAAAUUUUUAUAUAACACAUCAUUUUACAUUAUCUUCUUGUAUAUAUUUAUAGUAUAAUAUUAUAACAAUAAUAUAAUUGACUUAUAACAAUUUAUAUAUUAAACAAAAAAAAAUUGUUUCUUUAUUUUAAAAUUAACAUCUACAUAAAUUAUAUAUUUAUAAAUAUACUUAAAAUUUGUACUUUUAUAGUAUAUAACAAAUAAAUUAUGAUAUAUAUUAAUAGUUUCAAAAAAUAAUCAUUGA